GUGCGGACUUCCCAAUAUGGCGGCGUUGGCGUUUCCCUGACCUUCCCAAGAUGGCGGCUCCACCUGAAGGAGAAGCAGGCAUGGCGGAGAGUGAGGCUGUGCUGAAACGAGCCAUUGAAGGCUUGGAGCUUCUACUGAGGAGAACUACUGCGCCUGGCCAACACAGUCUCCAGGAAACAAAGGGGGCCGCACUGCUGGAAUCCCUCCACUUGAGUGUGGCUUCUUUGGAGGAGAAAUUAGCUCAGGACCCUCAAUGGGACGGACUGCGAAGGUUGACCACAGAGGCCUCCCAGAAGACUCUGUGGCUGCCCCAAUGCUCCGACGUGCCUUGGACUUUUACCCGCCAUGUCUUGCUGUUGCUGCUGAGUCUCAAGCAAAGCAUGGUUCUCCUCGCAGCAGUUCCCAUCCCACCGAAGACCCCUGCGUCUGCACCUCCUCUCAGCCCCGAUACCCUCAGCGUCGCUCAGGAGAAGACCGUGCGGGCAGCUUUGCAGUUUGCAGUCACCCUGGGCCUCUGCCCCUUCCUCCUGCCAGGCGUGGGGCUUCCCCUCGGAUGCAGGACCGAGUUUGGGGCCAUGAUCCGGGAGAUCGUCUCGCCCAGGUGUACGGUUAACGCCGUGGGCAAGCUCUAUGCCACCUGCACUGGCCUCUUGGAGGUUGCUCAGCACCCUUUGCUGGGCAGCCUGGUUCUCACCCGGCAUUUGGGGGAUCUCCUGGCCGGGUUGUGCCAGCUGGGAUUCUGCCCAGGAAGGAGGAAGCGAGAGGGAGACAAGCCGGAGAAGGAGAUGGGGGGCCUGACUGAGGAGGAGCGACGCAGCUGUAAGGAGGCCCUCGGAGGACUCCUGGACAGAGUCUACCAGCCGUUAGUGGUCCGAGAGCUGCUCAUCCUUCAAGGUGGAUCCAGACAGGGCUGCCCUCCCCGUGGGCCUGAAAGCGGACGUCCCUUGGCCCCCGCCCCAUCCUGGCUCCGGCGUCUCUGUGGGCAGCUCCUCUCUGAGAGGCUUCUGAGGCCCGGAGGGGUCCAAGCCGUGGUCUGCGGCAUCUUGGAAGGAGCCGGAGCUGGAACCAUGGGAGGCAGCAGUGCGGAGGCAGCAGCGUCAGACUGGCAGAAGUGUGAUGCAGUGGCCAGAAUCCUCUCUUCCUGUCCCCAGCAGUCCCUGUCCCUGGAGGACUAUUGCCGACAAGUUUGCCCCCAGAUCCUGCAGCUGUUCCUCCUUCAGGACCAACUGGCAGCCCGCCAGUUCCAACGUGUUGCCACUAUGGCCGUUUUGAGCAUGGCCAGAAGGCACCCGGAACAGGCAGAGAGGCAUCUGCUGCGGCCCUUGCUGGAGCCCCUCCAGCGCUGCUUGGAGGCUGAAGAAAUGGCCCCGGAAGAUCUGCCACCAGGGACAGUUUUGGUGAAGGAGGAAGAGCUUGGAUCCUGUGUAGAAAAUGUAUUUAAGCUGUAUGUGGUUGGCAACGAACCCUCAGACCUGCUGCUGAGCUCCCUGCAAAGUGUCCUGGGCGUCCUCUUUUCCCUCUGGUGUUUUACAAAGCAAAAUGUGUCCUUCUUACGCACUCCAUGCCAGGAGAUCUUGCUCUGGUUCCUGGAGAAGAGUGAGAGGCAGACAGCCCUCUCCAUCCUGGAAGGAUUGGCACAGAUGGGAAGAUCCGUACGCUUGCCCCCUCUUCUCUGUCAGUUUCAAGUUGGCAGUGAGGGUGGCGUCAUGGCUUCCGUCAAAGCGGAUCUCAGCCCUGAUGAAGAUGAGGCUCUCUAUGAGAAGGUGUCCUCAGAGCAGUGGCGGCUGGAGCAGCUGGUAGGCUUGUUGUCCCAUUGCCAGAGCAGCGGCCUGGCUGGAGACUUCUUCCUCUGCUGCCUGAAGGAGCUGACCCUUGUGGCAGGUCAAGGGGCUUCUGACGCGUCCCCUGCCUGCCCCCAGAGCCCCCUGGACCUGGAGCAGAGCUGUUGGGCCCCCAUGGAGCGCCAGGAGAGGCAGCUGCGUGGGUUGCAGUUGGUGGCCAUGCUCUGCGAAAGCCUCUCCGAGAAGCUCUUCACAGACAUUGCACAGAUUGUGGAGUUUGUGGCCACGACUCUGCAAAGGGCCACCGCAAGCCUCUCCAGCGGCUCUGGAGCCACCUCUGUGGAAGACCAGACGCUCAGCAUGGCCAUGGGAUUGGUGGCUGCCAUGAUGGGGGGCGCAGUACAGCUAAAAUCGGUGGACUUUGCCACCCUGAAGCGCCUAGUGCCCCUCUUGGAGGAGGUCUCUCAUGUUCACCCGGAGCCGGUCAUCCAGGAACUUGCUGCUGACCUGCGCAUCGCCAUUGGCACCCACAAAGCCUUCUCUGCAGAAACCAUCUCCUCCGCUGCGCAGAACACUCUGGGCAAAGGCUGUGCAGAAGCAGAAGCUCAUACGAACAGAGAGCCCUCUGAAAAGCCUGAAAGGGGCAUCCCUGAAUCCAGUUUGCUUCCUCCACCAAAGGCUACAGGGAGUAGAUCGGAUUCUGGUUCUGUUUCUCCAAAGACACACCUUGCUGCAAAGAGCAUGCCAGAAGCAAGGGACUCUGAUCCUCCAGCCAUACAGGAUUUGCGGGAGCUCCUCCUGUCGGCUUAUGACCCGGACAUCCCGACCCGAGCAGCCGCUCUCCGUAGCCUUUCCCGCUUGAUAGAGCAAAGAGACCCAGAGGCCCUGAAGACUCAAGAAACGCUGCUGAAGGUUUUCACUGAAAACCUAGAACACGAGGACUCCUUUGUAUAUCUCUCUGCCAUCCAAGGCAUGGCCUUGAUGUCGGACGCCUUUCCAGACCAAGUCCUGCCCUGCUUACUGGCCCAGUACGGCAGCCCACAGCCCGGCGCUCCAAAAGAGGCAUCAGUGGAGACCAGGAUGAAAGUGGGGGAAGCCCUGAUGCGCGUCACGCGGAGGCUGGGAGACAUGGUCUUCCUGCAUCGAGAGGACCUGAUCCAUGCCUUCCUGCGGGGAGCAAAGGACCCUGAAGCUGCCCUCCGAGCCAGCAGCCUCUCCAAUCUGGGGGAACUGUGCCAGAUCCUCCGUUUCCAGCUGGGAUCGGUAGUCCAUGAGGUGACUUCAUGCUUGAUAGCCAUUGUGAAGACUGAUCAUGAGGCAGAGGUGCGGAGGGCCGCUAUCCACGUGGUGGUGCUUCUGCUUCGAGGGCUCAGCGAGGAAGCCCUGGAGGUCCUCAGGGAUGUCGUGCUGGGCCUCUACCGCCUGCUGAAGUCCGUGUUGAGGCACGAGGAGGACGGGGCCACGGUGCUGCAGGCCCAGCUGGCCUUGGAGGAGCUGGACGGCAUCAUGAGGCAGCUCCUCUUCCCGCCUCAGGUCCUGGAGAAGAAGAUCCAGGUCCUUCCAUAGAGCCAGUAGAAGAGCCUCAGAAGCCAGUGCCACUCAUGAAAGGGGUAUGGCGGGACUUUCUGUGGGCAGAGACCCCCAUUGCCUUCCAAAGACCCAACUCUGCCCCAAAGACAGCUCCUUGCAUUGACCUCACUCUUUGGAAACGUAAUCCCGGCAUCAAUCCGAGGGUCACCAGAGCCCUGUAGGAGUUUCUUCCUUUCCAGUGAUGCUCGUAAUGUCCUUUCCAUCAGUAGUGUCCCUCCACAGGCUGCAUUGAUUGAAACUGCAGCAUCGAACACUUCUGCGCUGCAGGUAUGCAGCUGCUCCCAAAAUCUGCCCGGAGCAGAAGCGGCCACCCAGUGUCCUCAGUUGACCAGCAUUUCCUGCAAAAGGGAUAGAUCUUGUCCCUCCAGGACCCUGAAAUCAAAGGCAAGCAGGGAGGCAGAUAUGGAGAAAGCAGAGGCUUGCAACCGGACCUCUUUUGGUUCAGUUCCAGAAGGAAAUGAGGCUUCAGGAGAAGCCAAAGCCUGGGAAGAGAGUGGGCUCCUCCUCCUGCCAUUAUAGCCCCCUUUUCCUAGAAAUUGAGGUGUCGUUGUGCCUUCAAGUUGUUUCCAACAUAGGACAAUCCUAAGUCCAAUGCGUCCCAGGAUUUCCUUAGCCAGGUGUGUUCAAAAGGGAUUUGUAUCCCUUCCUCUGAGGCUGCAACUCCACUGAGGUUUCCACGGUUGGUUGAGUCGUGGGGGUUUGCUCCCCUCCUCCAAAUAAAACAAACCAAAUGACCA